GACGAGGAUUUGCAUUUCGGAGAAAACAAAAGAUCGAAAGACAAUACAGGAAAUUAUUGAAAAAGGGAAGAAAGGUCCAUUCGCAACAGGAUAAUCAGUUUACCGAUACUUAUCCAGAGCACUUGAAACAUCUGUACCUAGCCGAGGAAGAAAUGCUUAAGAAACGGCGCAGGGCUCCAGGUGAUUCAGUUUUAUCAGAAGAAAAACUUAAUAAAGAAGUAGAGUCAGCUAUGACUGAAGGAAAGUUUAAGAAGAAAACGUCCAAUCAGAAGGCAAAAGAAGAGUAUGAGAAAAUAAAGGCUGAGCGUGCUAGAAAGAAAGAG